UAGCCGAGCAGUCGAAACACGCAGCUUGAGGCGAGCGGUUCUUGCGCGCGCUUCCCAACCGCCCAACUAAAUCUACUAAAAGCUAACAGUGAGCAGCUACUAACCCACAGCAUUGGCUCAGUAGAAGUCGUAAUCGCCAACGUAAUCGUCGCGAGCGCAGAGUUCUGAGAGUGUUGUGAUUGAAAGACAAAUGUAAAUAGCCGAAAAAAAAACACAGAAUUAGUAUUUAAACAAUAAAAAGAAAACAAUUUAAGAAAGAGAAACCUGGCUGGUUGAUCGAUUGUGGGCGUACAAGUACAUUCUGAUUCACACCCGGGAAUAAAUCCAGCACCGAUCGGGGAACUUACGGAUAUUAAUACGCCGCGAAGUGCACUUUGAAGCAGGAGGAAACGAAUCAAGCGAGCAGACGACGGACAAGAUGAUUUCUCGCCGCAAGAUCAUAUCGCGUUCCCUGGACAAUUUGGACGCCAUCGGGCAAGAGGAGCAGGAGGAAGACGUCUGGCACGAUCGCGAGAAGCUCUUCAGGGAUCACAUCAACGAGGUUCUGUCCAAGUGGGAGCAGAUCGAUGACGAGAUCUGGGCCAAGAUAAUCGUCUUUGAGAAGAACCGUCGCGUGGCUAAGGCCUACGCCCGCUCCUCUGUGAUAACCAUAAACGGCUCAAAAAACGGAUUCGAUGGAGUACGCAUUGGCCUGAAUGGCUUCGACAAUCCCAUGCGCGACUCGGAGACGAAGGUGAUCAAGAAGUCCAUUGGCGAUGGUUUCAAGAUCAAAAUGGACGACAUCGGCAACAUAUUCAUCAAGCGGUACGGCAAGAGCAGCAUCUACGUGAACAGCACCUCGCAGGGCAACGAGGAGACAGUGAUCGGCGGGGACAUAAUCCAGAUGCCCCAAAUGUCGCUCACCUCGGGAACAUCCGCUCGACUCUUCGACAUGAAGAAGUUCCAGACGAACAUAAACCGGGAGUUCGCGCGCACCUAUCCGGAAAGGGCCAGGUUGGAGCGGCAGUGCCUCUCGGCCGUGUCGCUGGUUAAGUCGAACAACAAUCUGAUCAACUCCCCCGUCUGGAUACUCGUUGUCAACGUAGUGGCCAUGGACAUGCUGAGGAGUCGCCUCCAGUCCAUUCCCAAGUCCCUGGACGCGAUGGGCAUGCGCGUCCCGCUGGCGAACGGCAGCGAGGAUCCCUACUCGACCAUCGAGAGCCAGGUGGGACUGAUCUACCCGACGCCUGCCGCCUCCGAUGAUUCGCAGAACUCCCAGAACUCUCAGCACUCGAGCAACUCCAGCAAGGGACGGCGCAGCAUCUUCAGUGCCGCCUUCCUCAACGAGGGUCCCUAUGUGCCCAAGCCUGACUACGAUGGUGGCUCCUUAACUCCGAUCUACGCGGACAAGAAGCGGCAGAAGAGCAGCGGCGGUCAGCAGCGGAAGAAGCAGGACGACCCGUACUACUGCGGUCUGCUGGCGCGGAUCCCGAACUUCAUCAAGUCCUCGAAGCAGCCGUGUCCCGGCAGCGCCAGCAAGCCCAAGAAGGAGCCGAAGAUCUCGCGGAAGAUCUCGGCGCAGCACCAGCACCAGCAGUUCCUGCAGCCGGCGCAGCCCAUUCCCAUCGCCACCUUCCACCACUCGUACUUCCCCUACAAGCUGUAUCCCCCGCAGCACCGUCUCUCGCAGUCGCAGAUGUCCCUCUGGGACGCACGUAGUCUGAUCAGCGCACAUGAAUGAUCAUCCUGGCUGGUCCUAAUUUAUUCAUCGUCUAGCAUUAAUUCUACAAUUAUUUAGUCAAAGCCUACGAUUUAGUUUUGGUCAGUGGAUCAGUGGAUCAUUGGAGUGCAUUUCGCUCAGUUUUGUGAUAAAUGCAGCGAAAUGCAGCCAUUUAGCGUAACGCACUUAAUACGCACUAACUCUAAUUAACCGCAGUUAACUUUAAGGCAAGCAGAGAGAUUUAAUGAUUAUGCAAUUUGUAAUGAGUAAUUAAAAUUUUGCCAUAGUUUCUUAAAUCGUUUAAGACUGAGAGAAUGUCCUAGAGCCCACGAAAAGCGCACGAAGAGAUUGCCGGAGAGUCCAGAAGGGGGACAGAAAAUGUCAUAGGCAAGUUAAUUGCUACUUUAGGCGAGUUCGAUUUAUUGUUUUCUUAUUAUUUUUGCUGUACAUACACUUCAUAUGUAAAUAAGUUCGAAUUAAAAACAUGUAAACGAUAUUAGUACGCAUUAAAAGAAAGAUCUAAGAGUCA